AUGACAAACGGAAGGAAUGAGGGUCUCAUUGGUUGUAGCGGACACACUCAUAAAGUCGGAUCAUACGCAUUUUUAUUAUUGGCUGAAACGAUCACGUAUAUUAAUCAGAUCAUAUGGCAUCGCGUGACGAUGAGAAUCAAAGAAUGCGACAAGAGAGUGGUGGUAAAGCGAGAAGCCGGCGGAGAGUUCGGUUUUCGCAUUCACGGCUCGAAACCAGUGGUGGUUUCCGCCAUCGAGCCGGACACACCUGCGGAGAGCUCUGGCCUUGAAGUCGGCGACAUCGUGAUGUCUGUGAACGGGAAAAGCGUGAUGGACGCAACGCAUUCGGAAGUGGUUAGGCUAGCACACUCCGGCACCGACGUCCUUGAACUCGAAGUAGCGAGAACCUGCAAUGUGUUGGCACCGCGAGUGGCCAGGACCGGGACGAAGGAAGGCACCGACGAGGCGCCGCUCUGUUCUGGCUACCUUUGGAGGAAGUCUGCCAGCUCCUCGACCACGGACAAGUGGGUGCGAAGAUGGUUCGUCCUGCGCCGCGACAACUGCCUCUACUAUUACAAGACUGACGCGGACUCACAGCCAGUGGGAGCAGUAAUGCUGAUAAAGUACGACGUGGAACAAACGCCGGAGCUUAGGUUACACAGUUUCGCGAUCAAGAAGCAAGGUGCACCGACACUUCGACUUGCGGCAGAUACCGAGGAAGCGGCCACUCGAUGGAUGACAGUUAUCAAGGAAGCCAUCGAGAGAAACAACCAGAUUGACACCUGGCUGCAAGCGUCGCUGAGGAUGAGUGGAACGGCGGCGUGCGCCAUUCAGAGACCAGACUGUUUCGGAUACCUGAGCAAACAGCAAGAACACGCCAGAAAAACGUCAUCACCGACCGGUUGGUCCAGGCGAUACUGCGUACUGAAAGACGCAGCACUGUACUUCUACGACGACGCUAACGCAGAAAAAGCGUUCGGUGUUGCUUGUCUUCAUGGGUUCAGGGUGCACAGCAGUGCACCAACUUCCGGCGGAAGGAAGCACGCGUUCGAGCUGCAACCACCGGAUCCCACUCAGAGGAAUUACAUCUUCGCCACGGAAUCAGAAAUGGACAAGAAACGGUGGCUUGCAGCGCUGGAAUAUUCGAUCGAUCGAUGGAUAAAGAUUGGUUGACAAAGACCGAUCUACCGUA